GUACCCAACUCUCCUACUCCAUAUAUCACAAUUCACAACCAACCCUCUCCACAUUCCACAAUCCAUCCAUCCAUCCUAGCUUUCAACUGUUGAUAGAAAAGAAAAGAGAAUGGCUGCGCCAACGCCAGAGUUCACUGAUUCCUUCGUCGUGGAGAAAGACAACUACGGCGACUUCAUCCGCCUAGUCCGGCAAAAUGUGAUCAAAUACUGCAGCGACCGGCGCCCCAACGUCGUCCAGCCUGUGCUGCCACCGGAGCAGAAGAUCCCCAAGUUCUGGUUCCACAUCGUCCUCCGCACCAUGACCAGCUCCCUCACGCUCGCCGUACGCAUCGAUAACCUCUACCUCGUCGGCUUCAGGACCCCGGCUGGGGUGUGGUGGGAGUUCAACAACGAGCACGGCACCCACCUCAUCAGCAACUCCAACUGGCUUGGCUUCGGCGGCCGGUACCAGGACCUCGUCGGCCAGAAGGGACUGGAGACCGUCUCGCUGGGCCGUGCCCAAAUGACUGUAGCCGUCGAUGUCCUGGCGAAGCAUGGCACCACCCAGAUGUCGGAGGAGCAGGUGCAGGACGCUAAGGCCGACCCGUACGCGCUGCCCAAGAGCAUGCUGGUGAAGCUGGUGAUCAUGAUAUGCGAGGGGGUGCGGUUCCACACCGUGUACAGCACGGUGGACAAGGAGUUCAACAACGUGGCGGCGAAGAUAACCGAGAUAGAGGGGAAACAGGUGAAUAAAUGGGAUAGGAUCUCCAAGGCCGUACUGACGUGGGCCGUCGACCCCAUGGCCAAGUUCCCCGAGCUGGAGAAGAUAGGCGUCAAGGAUAAAAACGACGCAGCCAGGAUCGUCGCGCUCGUCAAGGAUGAAAAGUAGUACUACUCUGCGCGAGGAUGAGAACAAAAACGAGCUCUGAUCGAUACAGGACUUGCUACUGCACCAGUGGACAGUGGUGUUAUAUGCAUACGUGCGUGCUAGUAUUAUGUAUGUAUCCGCGCGUGGUGUUUCUGCUCUUUGGUGGCUUGCCACGCCUUAAUUGUAUCCCUCUGCUGGUAUAGUAUAUAAAUAAAUAAACUCCUGCAGGCUCCAUGCAUGCAGAUCUAUCGUCAUUAAUGUUAUUA